CAGAGAGUUGCCUGGAGAGGGGCAAACUCGUUCCCAGGGUCCUUUCUCUGCCUCGAGAGCCUGAGACCCUGGAAACAAGGCUGGAUAGGGGAUGUUUACCUUUGCAUGCUAUCUAGGUUCGUGCCGUCUCAAAUUGUGUGGUUCUCACGGGGAAAACAUGUGGAUUUCUUUCUUACGUUGACGGUUAACAUUUGCCGGCGAAUUCGGGGAAAACUCCUAUGCCCAGUAAAUACUUUCUUGUAUGCUUUGACGAAGUACAUGUAUUAGGCGAGACUAGAGCAGUUUUUAUUUGAGUGUCGAAACGCGCUCUACCCCAACUAAACCGCCGCCUACGCAGGCUAAAAACUAUUACAGGUGAAAUAAUUAUUUCUUUCAACUUUUUUUCAUUGAUUUUCAGAUCUGUGGGUAAAUUAGAGGAAGCCGCGAUGCUUCAAUUUAAUCAAGCUAUAAAAACAAAAGAUCCUGGUGUAAGAUUAACGAAACUUAAAUAUAUUCUCAGGCAUUAUUUUGAAGGUUAUCCACAACUAGCGGAGCAAACAACUUACCUAGCGGAGUACAUCGACUUACUAGAACAGCAAAUAAACAUUGAGGACGCGGACAGCCGAGCUGAACUGGAGAAGAAAAAUCACGUGAUGGUUGCUCACCCGAGACAAGCGUCGUUACCAUUAAACUCUGUGAUUGUUACCUUGUAUUACUGCUGUCGGUAUCAUUUUGGAGAGCCAGAGAGUGUUGAAAGCAGUCCAUUGGCUAUUCGUGCUAAGUUUAAGGUACGUGUACAUAAAAAUAAUUGAGCCUUUCAAGGAUGUUUAUACUAAUAGAAAAAUUAAUGGGAGAAGACCAAAUGACGAAGGAUUACGACGAAGCGAUGUUUCGUUUCUGUGUAGCGUGCUGGUGGUGGUUUCACCUGGUGCUUUCAACGAGCACGUGCGCGACGAACGCGCGUGGCUAAGUCAGGCCGUGAGGCAAGUGCGUGUCGAACGCUCGUGGAAGCGCGUGUGGCGAGCUCGUGAAGUAUAAGCAGAGCGAGGAAAAGAAGAAAGAAUUUUCUUCACUACCAGUCUCGACCUUGACGUUUGUUUACAACGAAUCUUGAGGGACACUCCUUGCAGCUACCUGCC